GAACUGCUUGCUUUUGGACCUCCGAGCAUGCAGCCUUGGUGUGCCAGACGUGGCCAAAUGAGUGAGUCCGGAUAGAGAAAUAAAAUAAGCAUGUCUUGCCCUGAUGGACUUUGCCAUCUAGCUCCUCAGAGAAGUUACCGAUUGGAGCUAAAAGGACCACCUGUGCAUCUAGAGAUGACUCUGGAAGGAAUGACUGCAUCGUAUUUGCAAACCUCAGGAAGGCCGUUGAAGGUUGGCAGGGUCUGGGACCACAGCCCCGGGUGCCACAGCAGUGCCCUGGCAGUGUGGGCUCGGUCCCUGUCACUGAGGCAGAGAAGCGGCUUCUCCCCGGCUCACGAGGCAGCUGUCCCAUGCUCUGCUGAGCAGGGUGCCAUGCCUCUGCAAGUCCUCCUGCUUCUGAUUUUGCUGGGCUCUGACAGCAGCCUGCAGCUGCGGGAGACAUGGGAGAAUGGAACCAUUGAGGCCCCGGACCCCCUGCUUGUGCAGGGCCAGAAACAAGUGGAGGAGGACCCAGAACAGGACAUGUAUGACUAUAUUGGCACGGACCCUCCAGAAACGCUUUUUACAAAUAGACCUGGGCCUGUGUCCCUGACCUGGACAUUUCUAGCUGAGAUGGCAACAUUGGGGCAGAAGGAUUCUGGAACUCCUGAACAAGCCACUCUGGUGAUAGCCAGAGGGGACUCCGUUGGCCUGGACUCAAGAGGGAUGGCCAUGGGGAAUCUGAGCACGGAAGUGGCCACGCAGGGGGUUCCCGUCACGCUGGGCCCUCUGAGCAAAGAACAGGUCACUGUGUUACUUCCCAUCACAGAGGCUUCAUCCACAGAGGGGGCUCCAUCCACAGAGCUCGCCACCAUUGAGGCCCUGUCUGCGGAGCCGGCAGCCACAGAGGCCCUGACCACACAACCUGCGGCCACAGAGGCCCCGUCCACGGGGCCGGCAGCCACAGAGGCCCUGACCACACAACCUGCGGCCACAGAGGCCCCGUCCACGGGGCCGGCAGCCACAGAGGCCCUGACCACACAACCUGCGGCCACAGAGGCCCCAUCCACGGGGCCGGCAGCCACAGAGGCACAGACCACACAAACUGCGGCCACAGAGGCCCCGUCCACGGGACCAGAAGCCACGGAUGCCCUGUCCACAUCCAUGGAGCCCACUGCCACAGAGGCCCCGUCCACAGAUCCCGCCACCACGAAGGUCCCAUCCACAGGUCCUGCGACCACAGGGAGCCUAACCAUGGCCCUGCUUGUGCCCUCUGAUCCUCACAACAGCACCACCGUGGCGGUAGGCAAUUCAUCUGAUGGCUUCAUCAAACAAUGGAAAAAUAAUCAGAAUCUUGCCCCCCAGAGCUCCGUGGCCCCCAGCCCCACAGAGGCUCUGGACCGCAUCCCUGUGAAGCAGUGCCUGCUGGCCAUCCUCGUCCUGGCCCUGGUGGCCACUAUCUUCCUCGUGUGCACGGUGGUGCUGGCUGUCCGCCUCUCUCGCAAGAAUCACAUGUACCCUGUGCGCAAUUAUUCCCCCACUGAGAUGGUCUGCAUCUCGUCCCUGCUGCCUGAGGGGGGCGAAGCGCCCUCGGCCACGGCCAACGGGGACCUGCCCAAUGCCAAGAGCCAGGGCCUAAAGGCGGGGCCGAGGGAGGGCCGAGAUGGGGAUGACCUCACCUUGCAGAGUUUCCUCCCUUAACCCCCACCCCUCACCCGCUCAUCCAUCUGAACAGGACCCUCGCCUCCCUGCUCCCUCCAAGGCCCGCUGGGCCACCACUGAGCACCCCGGCUCUGUUCCACGGGUCCGGGCUUCCUUGGGGCCCCUAGGGAUGGGGAUCUCUAGGACAGAGCCCCCAGGUGCCCCACAGGAAGGAGAGCAGCUGAACUCUUGCAGCCAAAGCAGGACUGUGGGCAAGCCACCGCACCCUCCCUCCUGCCUCCGGGGGGGCCCGGGGAGAUCCCUCCACCUCCCUGUCUCCCACCUGUCUGGGCUCCCUCUGAGGCCUUCCACGGCUGGAGCCUCAUCCCCAAGCACCCGGUGAAGCCCCCGCCCUCACGCCCAUUUUCUUCUGGUUGCCAUGGUCACCACACAGGAAAGGGGGCAUUUUGGGGGCGGGAGUGCUGGAUUCUGAAGGCCAUUCCCUGCCCCUCUCCGACUUGGGGCAGCUUGGGUUUUCUUGGGCAUCUCCCCAGGGAGCCCAGGGUGAGAUCCUGGCCCGGGAGGGCUGGGACGGGCUUGGAGAGCCCAGGGCCAUACCUUUCUUUGGGGCUGUGUGGGUCAUUGUUCACUGAAAUGUCCCACUCCCCAGCCCACGGCCCGGGACAGCGCAGGUGCUCAAUAAAUAUUCGAUGAACUAACGGUGGCUGUUUCAGGGCGUCAAGGUGUCUCCUGCUGGGGCUUUGGUCCCUUGCUGUUCACCCCGGCCCCCGGCCCGCUCCAGAAACCCCCCCAACCCCCCGGUCUGUGCCUUAAGUUUUCAGUAUUGUCUCUUGGACACCGGGGGCAUCUUGGUACAUCCUUGGGCAGCCGGGAAGGUUGUAGGCCGUUGGGGGGAUGGGGAAACUGGUCCCCGAAUCCACUUUAUUCAACUCCACCCCCCCCCCCAUGACCCAGUUCUGGCAUACAGAAUUUGGUUCCCGCCCCGACUCUCAGACAAACGCGUCCUCUCAACGUCAGUGCCAUCCUCCCCAGAAACUCACCCUGACCUCUCCCGGGGAGGGGGGGGGGUGGCCUGUCUCCCAUUUAACACCCGCUCCUCACAGGGCUGAGCACAGCUGCGGCCUACGAGGUUUUCGAACAAAAUUUGGGGCCAGCAAACUUUCUUCUUCAAUGGCCAGACCAAAAAUAUGUGACGUUUUGCAGACCGCGCGGUCCCCGUUGCAACUCGUCAGUUCCAUCCUUGGUCCUCGUAGAUUGUGUGUGGUCGUUGACGAUGUGUCACAAAUGAAUAGGGUUGGCUGCGUUCUAAUAAAACUUUAUUUACAAACAAA